UUAAUCAAACACUCACUGGAUAAAAUAAUAUCCGUUAGAAUUCCGUGACAGCCUGCAGACUGUUUGUAUUUUAUAACAUAAAAUAUCGCUUGUGAUGUUAAUUGGUAUUGACUGCAAGCACUGAGUUGAUCAGUGUAACUCGAUAAGCGUGUCAUUUGACCAGCGGUGCCCUGUGCUUCGACUUGUGAGUACGAAAUGUCUCUUUAGUAAAAGAUGGAAUUUUGUGAUUUUAAAAGCAUCGUUUAAAAAAUGAGUGAAGAAGGAGUUCCUGCCGGAAUUUCUUUGUCAAUGACUUCGUAACAGUCAUUUUAGAUGAUAUAACAGAAGAAAAUAAAUCUCCCGGAAGAAUGGGUGACAGCGGCAAUCUGACAACAUUAGAAAAUAUCUAUCCAGAAAGUGUGUCCUCGGAAAUUAUAAUCUCGAGGAAGAUUUCAAAUUAUUCUUACUCUGCGGGGUAUGUGUCGCACGGCAUAGCUUUGAAAUUUACCGGAAACGAAUCUCACUCAGAAAAUCUCGGAAGUGAUUCAAUAUCCCCGGAAACAAUUGUUGGACUCUCCCUGUUGUUUUUUGUGAUAAGUGUGGUGGGAAUCUGUGGAAAUUCAUUCGUGGUUUGUGCGGUAGUAUGCAAUAAAAAGAUGAGAACUUCCAUGACAAAUUUACUUAUUACCAAUCUGGCAUUUGCCGACCUUCUAAUCAUGGUUUUUGGAAUUCCGGAGACAAUUCUUUUUAUGUUAGAACAGGGUUGGUUAUUUAACCGCACAGCUUGUAAAGUGAACCGUUACAUCAUGGUGACGUCAUUGUAUGGAUCUGUACUCACUCUCAUAGCUUUAUGCGUUGAAAGAUACGUGGCAAUCAUUCACCCUAUCAAGGCGCACAUCGUGUGUAACAAAAGAAGAAUCGUGUUUGUAUUGGGUUGUAUUUGGCCGUGUGCCUGUCUGGCUGGUUUACCCACUCUUAUAUUUAAUGAAGUCGUCCAGGGCGACCCUAGGAUACCUAUUGUAUACUGCAUGAUAAUCUUUCCGGACGAUCACAUGUUCUAUUUUGUGUUAUUUAAAUAUAUAGAAUCAGUGUUAUUUUACUUCUUGCCACUAGUAAUCCAAGUGACGUUGUACAUCUUUGUGACGAAACACUUGUUUGUUGGUUCGGAAAGACUUCAUCGACGCGUGACGAUACGUCUGGUGAAUGGUUCUUCGCUUGAGCGAUUUUCAGAAGCUCUACAGGCGAGAAGGGGUGUGGUGAAAAUGUUGAUAUCAAGUGUUGUUGUAUAUUUUCUGAGUUAUCUCCCUCACCAAGUCCUCCUCAUCUCCAACACUAUCUCACCACAGACUUUUCAUCAUAACUUCGCAUAUCAGGUCUUCGUUAUGAUAAUCGCUAACGUCAACUCAGCUGCUAACCCGGUUCUUUAUUCUAUUUUUAGUCAAAAUUUUAGGCAAUGUUUUAAAUUCAUAAUCUGUAGAUGUUGUCAGAAUAAUCACCACCAGGUCAAACCGAGGCGACAACCGACCCUGACCUCUAACACAUCACGUGUUUGGCGACAAGCAAGUUAUGUCUCCGCCACUACAGAAAUGUAAAUAUAAGCUUUUUAAAGUUUUUUUUUUUGUCUUUGUUGUUAUUUAAAUAAAAAUAAGUGUUUAUAAUAAAUUAUUUC